AUGGUGGCUCAAAAUCCGCACAUUAGUUCGCGACAAAUUGAACGAGGAUCUGGUAUUAAUCGGAGGAGCGUACUCCGCAUCUUGCAUCGUCACAAAUUCCAUCCAUAUCACCUUAGCCUUCACCAAGAAUUACAUGGAAUGGACUUUGCAAAUCGUGUUGAAUUUUGCCAAUGGGCUCAACAACAGAUUCGAAUCAAUGACUCAUUUUUUGAUACAGUGUUAUUUACUGAUGAGGCAACAUUUACUAAUCACGGGAAUGUUAAUUUACAUAAUAUGCAUUUCUGGGCAGUGGAAAAUCCUCAUUGGCUGCGGCAGAUUGAACACCAGAGACAAUGGUCUUUGAAUGUAUGGUGUGGUAUCAUAGAUAACAAAAUUAUUGGUCCUUAUUUUAUCGACGGACAUCUAAAUGGCAACAGCUACACCAAUUUUCUAGAGCAUAACUUGGUUCAUUUAUUAGAAGACCUGCCUUUAAUCACACGACGAACAAUGUGGUACCAGCAUGAUGGAUGCCCUGCUCAUUUUUCAUUAGUUGCGAGAAAUAAACUUAAUGAAAAAUUUGCAAAUCGCUGGAUUGUACGUGGAGGUCCUGUAGGGUGGCCAGCUCGUUCACCAGACUUGACACCACUGGAUUUCUUUUUAUGGGGAACCCUAAAAGACAUGGUCUACAAAAAAGAACCAACUACACCUCAAAUCAUGCGACAACGGAUCAUUGAAGCCUACACGUAUUAUUAA